CGAGUAAAGGCAGUCGGCCUCCCAGACUGAGUGAGUCUGCCCCGUCCAGCACACACCCACUGCCCGUGUCUGCCGAGUCGGGACCGCCCUCUACCGUGAGGAACCAGAGGAAGUGAGUGGAUCUCCGUUAGGCGCGGUAUAAGGGCUGGAUUUGCUACUGUUUUGCUUCAUCUGCAUCUACAGUCAGACGUGAAAACAAAAACAUUAACAGCAUGUGAAGGGCACUCUGAGAAGGGGCCAUCUUGAGCCCUCUGCUUAUUUCAACAUCAAAAUAUACAAUUGUUGCGCUAGCAUGGGAAGCCCCACUGAUGCAGAAGAUGUUUACGUUGCAGUGAUCCGACCAAAGAAUGCUUCAAGCCUCAAUUCACGAGAAUAUCGAGCAAAACUGUACGAAAUUUUAAUGAUCGAGGUUCCAGUAGACGGUCAAAAGAAAAAACGAAAGAAACUUUUGCUGGAAACUAAACUUCAUGGUGAAAAAGAUGCAACACAGGAGAUACUGGACUAUGUUUUGGAAUCCACCAAAUCAAUAUCUCCUGCUAACCAAGGACUCAAAGGAAAGAGAGUUGUAUUUAUGAAAAAGUUUGCACUUGAUGGUGAAAAGACCGGCCUAGAGGCAACUUUUUUUCUGGUACCAACAGCUGUAAAAGAUAAUACAAAGAGCCCUUAUAAUCCUGGAAGCCCGGUGUUUUAUUGUUUCCAAGAUAUCAUGCGGGUCUGCAGUGAAUCCAGCACUCAUUUUUCUACCAUCACAGCACGGAUGUUAAUUAGUCUGGACAAGUGGCUGGAACAGCAACAUUCACAGUCUCAUGCGAUCUCAGCAUUAUUCAGGCCAUCUCCCCUGGAGCGAAUAAAAUCCAAUGUUACAAACCCAGCAUAUGCCACGGACGCGGGUCAGACUGAGGACUCUCUGCAUAUGGGCUACACUGCUCUGGAAAUAAAAAGCAAAAUGAUGGCUCUAGAGAAAGCAGAUAUGUGCAUCUAUAACCCUUUGUUUGGAUCAGAUCUUCAGUACACAAAUAGGGUGGACAAAGUGGUAAUAAACCCGUAUUUUGGGCUUGGAGCACCAGAUUAUUCAAAGAUACAAAUUCCAAAAAGAGAGAAAUGGCAAAGAAGCAUGAGCAGUGUGAUGGAGGAUAAAGAGCGCCAGUGGGUUGAUGAUUUCCCACUACAUCGCAGUGCCUGUGAGGGUGAUGUCACAAUACUAAACCGUCUGUUGGAUGAGGGCUGCUCUGUGAACCAGCUAGACAAUGAUCAGUGGGCACCAAUCCACUAUGCAUGUUGGUACGGAAAGGUUGAAGCGACAAGCUUGUUACUGGAGAAAGGGAAAUGUAAUCCUAACCUAUUAAACGGACAGCUGAGUUCCCCUCUUCAUUUUGCUGCUGGGGGCGGACAUGCCGAAAUUGUGCAGAUUCUCCUCAACCACCCAGAGACAGACAGACAUAUUUUAGAUCAGCAAGGGCGGUCACCGCUAGACAUUUGUGAAGAGAACAAGCAGAACAAAUGGGAAGAAGCAGCUAAACUUCUUAAGGAUGCAGCCAAUAAGCCGUACGAAAAGGUGCGCAUCUAUCGAAUGGAUGGGUCAUACCGCUCUGUUGAGUUGAAGCAUGGGAACAACACUACUGUACAGCAGAUUAUGGAGGGGAUGCGUUUGUCACAAGAUACUCAGCAGUAUUUUGCCAUAUGGAUUUGUUCAGAGAACAUAAGUCUUCAGCUGAAGCCAUUUCACAAACCCUUGCAGCAUGUCCGGGACUGGGCAGAUAUAGUCGCAGAAUUAACCAACCUGGAUCCCCAGAGAGAAUCGCCCCAGUUGUUCCUCAGGAGGGAUGUCAAGUUGUCAUUAGAAAUAGAGAAAAAAAUUGAAGAACCUCUGGCCAUACUCAUUCUUUUUGAUGAAGCCAGAUAUAACCUGCUGAAAGGUUUCUACCCAGCAACAGAUGUGAAGCUAAUCACUCUCGCCAGCCUUCUCCUACAGAUAGUCUAUGGAAACUAUGAAAGCAAGAAGCACAAACAAGGUUUUCUUAAUGAAGAAAACCUAAAAUCCAUAGUGCCAGUCACUAAAGUAAAAAGCAAAGCACCUCACUGGGCAAAUCGAAUUCUUCACGAGUACAAGAACGUAAGUGCAAGUGAGGGCGUGAGCAAGGAAAUGCACCACCUUCAGCGCAUGUUCCUGCAGAACUGUUGGGACAUUCCCACCUAUGGAGCAGCAUUUUUCACUGGACAGAUAUUUACGAAAGCUAGCUCCAACAACCACAAAGUCAUCAGAGUGUAUGUUGGAAUUAACAUAAAGGGUCUUCAUCUACUCAAUCUGGAAACCAAGGCCCUACUGAUUAGUUUAAAGUUUGGUUGCUUCAUGUGGCAGUUGGGAGAUGCGGAUUCCUGUUUCCAAAUUCACAGUCUGGAAAAUAAAAUGAGUUUUAUUGUUCAUACUAAACAGGCUGGCCUUGUCGUAAAGCUGCUGAUGAAAUUAAGUGGUCAGUUUGCUCCCACUGACCUAAACGUAACAGAGAGAUAUGGCUAUGGUUAACAGACUCCUGCAGCACUUUAUAGACACUCCCCGUCUGGAGACUGGACAGACUGAAUAAUGGAUUUUUUUAUUUUUUUUAUCAUAAAUAGCAACAUUUAUUAAAUCAGUGUUGGCUAUAAAUAUUUUUUUAAUGAUUUUUGUUUUUAUAUUCAAGAUGCCCAUUGCUUACCAGAAAUGCUGCACAUUGUUCUGAAGUAAUAAGAACCAUAAUGUAUUUAUUUAGUUGGUUAUAAAUAAUGAGAUGAUUGAGCAACCCCAA